CAAGACUAUGGCGUUAUACAACCAUUUCCUUAUGAGUGGAAUGGUACUGCUUACUGUCCUUACUGAAAGCCAAGAUAGACAACCAUUCCAUUAUUAAGCGUUUAAAUCCUAGCGGCGUCGCCAGAGAUCAAAGGAAACGAGCAUAGCAGCCGAUUAGAGACCCUCAGAAAGCGACAAAGACAGCUAAGUACAGCCGUACAAUACCGGAAGUUUUCUUCUUCUCUAUUUCAGUGAUUUCUCUCUACAAUGGCAUCCAACUAUGAAUUGCCUGACGAGGUCCAUGACAUUAGAUCAAAGAGUGUAGAAGAGUUAGAAAUGAAAACGUUUAACUCGAAUGUUGAACCAGAACAACUCACCAUUGAAAGCGAUCGUCAUGGAGAAGAACUAAGCAUAAAAAUCGUAUGCGUUGGUGGCUACACGGGUGGAGUGGGUACUAAAGGUGUCUUCAUAGACGAUUAUCUCGAAGUGUGGCCUCCUGUUCAAACGCAUCGUCCUCCAUUAAUCGGAGUAAACUUUUACCUAAAAACAAUCAGAUGGCAGCGAAGCGAUGCAGAGAAACCGAUCUCUAUCAAGCUACAACUCUGGGAAAUUGCCGAACAUCAAGGCUUUUCGAACAUGGCAAAAAUUUCCUUCAGGGACUGUCUCGGGGCACUAGUUUUCUGGGGAACGCUAACACCGUCGACUCUGAAUGAAGCUGUACUGUGGAGAGAAAUUGUCAAAGAAUUUUGUCCAUACGCGCCAUGUGUCCUUGUCACUGACAACGUUGGAAAGGAGCCACUGAAAUGGAUUGGGGGUGGCGAGACAUUUGACAGCGAAAUCGGGUUCAAUCAGUUCUGUGAGGAGCACUGAUUUGUGGAUCAUUUUGAGAUCGUGUCACGCGAUUGGAAAUCCGGUGAAAAAAGCGUUUUUGGACAAGCUGUGAACUGCCUUUUGAAGAAAAUUUUUCAGAGCCAGGAGGAAGAGACUACGAUUUAAUGCAACCGGUUCAAUGAGAAAUCCGCACAACUUAAACCAUGAACUAUCUUUAUUCUUGGUUUUCACGUAACGUCAUUAAAAUUAAAAAACGA